AUGGCCACGACCCUCCCGCCUCUGGGAGCCGGCAGCGGAGGCGCCCAUACCCAGCACUCGUUACCUUCGCUCCCGGCCCAUCUCCAAUCCGAUACGCACAUCACCGGACACCUGGCCAGCCGCUUCCAUGUGUCUCUCCCCACCGCCAGGCUCUCUUCCCAUGGCCUCAUCUGCCUGAACACAUACACGUCGUCCACCAAGGGGCCCGAUGGCGGCAAGGCUGGCAGCGCCAUGGCCGGCGCCGAGGACCUGGCCGACCGAGCCUGGCUGCGGCUGGGCCAUCGGUCAGAGAACCAGGCCAUCAUGUUUCUCGGCGAGUCGGGCUCUGGUAAGUCGACUGUCCGUAACCACGUUCUUACGUCUCUGCUCGACAAGUCGUCCACGCCACUCUCCACCAAGCUUUCUCUAGCCGCCUAUGUCUUCGACACUCUCACCACGACCAAGACUGCGACUACCCCAACUGCCUCCAAGUCUGGUCUUUUCUAUGAGCUUCAGUACGACACCGCCGCCACAACCAACCCAGUCCUUAUCGGUGGCAAGUUGCUGGAUCACCGCUUGGAGAGGAGCCGUAUUGCCGACGUCCCAACUGGAGAGCGAAACUUCCACAUCCUCUACUACCUCUUGGCUGGCACCAGCGAGGCUGAAAAGCAACACUUGGGCCUCGAUGAGUCGAAGCGGUGGAAGUACCUCGGCCACCCGACUCAGCUCAAGGUCGGUAUCAAUGAUGCUGAGGGGUUCCAGCUCUUCAAGAAUGCGCUGAGGAAGCUCGAGUUCCCGAGGACCGAGAUUGCCGAGAUCUGCCAAAUCUUGGCAAGCAUUCUGCACCUGGGGCAGCUCGAGUUUGAGUCCACAAGCAAUACGAGUGCCACUGCCGACGACAGCGGCGGCUUUUCCCACGAAGGCGGCAACAUCACAACGACGGUGAGGAACAAGGAUGUCCUCGCCAUAAUCGCCGCGUUCUUGGGUGUCAGCACAGGCGAUCUUCAGAGCACCCUGGGCUACAAGACCAAGAUGAUCCAAAAAGAGCGUGUUACCGUCAUGCUGGAUCCCAAUGGCGCUCGCUUCCAUGCCAAUGAGUUGGCACGCACUCUCUAUUCCCUCUUGGUGGCUUGGAUUAUGGAGAGUGCCAACCAGCGGAUCUGUGCCCCUGAAGAGACGAUUGGUAACACCAUCUCGAUCGUUGACUUCCCCGGCUUUGCUCAGCAGAGCUCCACCGGCUCAACCCUGGACCAGCUGUUGAACAAUGCGGCCACUGAAGCCAUCUACAACAUGACGCUGCACAAUUUCUUCGAUCGCAAAGCAGAGAUGCUCGAGUCCGAGGAGGUUGGCGUGGCUCCCACGAGCUACUUCGACAACUCGGAUGCCGUCAAGGGUCUGCUCAAGUCCGGAAACGGCCUCUUGAGUAUCCUUGACGACCAGACUCGGCGCAACAGGACUGACGUCCAGCUUCUCGAGAGCCUUCGCAAGCGCUUUGAGGGCAAGAACCCGGCCAUCGAGGUCAGCUCGUCGACUGCCAGGCUGCCUGGCAGCAACUUCCUGACUGAGAACACGUCCGCGUCUUUCACUGUCAAGCACUUCGCUGGUGAGGUGGACUACCCCACAAGGGGCUUGAUCGAGGAGAACGGCGAAGUCGUCUCCGUUGAUUUGCUCAACAUGUUCAACUCGACCAAGAGCGAGUUUGUUGCCCGGCUGUUCGGCCAAGACGCCCUUCAAACCAUAUCACACCCCCAUGAGCGCACCACGGUCAUGCAGGCAACCAUCAGCUCUAAGCCCAUGCGUGCCCCGAGUGUCUUCACGCGGAAGGGGGGCCGAGGAGGCCGCAACGCCGCCCUCGCGGCCCAGCGGCGGCAGCAGGAAGCCUUGGAUCAGUUGGAGCAGGGGAGCGACACCAAGAGCACCAAGAACGGCGGAGCCAAUAAGCCAACUGAACAAGGCGCCUCUGGCCAGUUCCUCGCCUCUCUCGACAACCUGCAGAAGGCUGUGACUGACCCCGGCACGAACGCCUACUUCGUCUUCUGCCUGAAGCCCAACGACCGCCGCAUUGCCAAUCAGUUUGACAGCAAGUGUGUCCGCACCCAGGUGCAGACCUUUGGCAUCGCCGAGAUCAGUCAGAGGCUGCGCUCCGCCGACUUCAGCCUGUUCCUCCCGUUCGGGGAGUUUCUUGGGAUGGCCGAUGCGGAAACUAUCCUUGUUGGCAGUGAACGCGAGCGAGUCGAGAUGGUAAUUGACGAGAAGCGGUGGCCCAGCAACGAGGUGCAGGUCGGCGCCACCGGCGUCUUCCUCAGCGAGCGUUGCUGGAUGGAGGUUGCACAUCUCUCCGAGAAGGGAAGUACAACGACCGGCCGCUUCGGUGCGUCGUCCGAUGUCGAUGGCGGCGACGGCCUCACGCCGGGCGAAGCCCACCAUGUCUACGGUGCGUCCAAAGAGCAGCUCUUGUCCGCCGGCACCACCCCUCUCAUGUACGGAGAGAAGGGGAAGAUGGGGUACUUUGGCGGCUCGGACGACGCACGGUCUGAAGCUGGCGCGUCAGCACUGGGCGCUGGCGACAUGUUCAAGAACUUCGACACCCGUGAGCAGAUGGCGGAGCGCGGCAACGAGAAGAAGCUCGAAGAGGUGGAGGAGUUCAAGGACAGCCCCAGCCGCAAGCGAUGGGUCUUCACCGUCUACCUCUUGACUUGGUUCAUCCCCGACUUCCUCAUCCGCUGGCUCGGCCGCAUGCCUCGCAAGGACGUGCGAAUGGCGUGGAGGGAAAAGGUGGCCAUCAACAUGCUCAUUUGGUUCCUUUGCCUUGUCGCCGCCUUCUUCAUCGUCGUCUUCCCGAUGCUCAUCUGCCCCAAGCAGAAUGUUUACAGCGCCCAGGAACUCUCUUCGCAUGAUGGCAAGGGUGGGAACAGUGCCUUCGUGUCCAUCCGCGGCUAUGUCAUUGACCUGGGAGCUUUCGCAAAAUCGCACUAUCCGACCUUCAUGGGGACGGCGCCUCUGCUGAAGUACGCGGGCAAGGACGUCAGCUCCUUGUUCCCGAUCCAGGUCUCUGCGCUGUGCCAGGGCGCUACCGGCUCGGUCAGCCCCCAGGUGACGCUGGACUACAAGAACACCAACUUCAGUGGCUCGCCGAGCCUCAUCAACACUCAGGACCUCAAUUCCCAAUACCAUGACUUCCGUCACUUCACCAAUGACAGCCGUCCCGACUGGUACCUCGAGAGCCUACUGAUGCUCCGAGGAAACUGGGGUGCUGGCAAGAUCGGGUACUCGCCCGAGUACGUGCAGAAGCUCAGUCAGAAGCAGCAGUCGAUUGCCAUCCUCAACGGCAAGGUUUACGACAUGACGACGUAUCUAACUGGCGGGCGCAAGAUGCGCGCCAAGGCUGGGGAGAAGCUCGACGACGACGUCAGCCAGACCCAGUUCAUGGAUCAAGCAGUCGUGUCGCUGUUCCAGGUUUCGGCCGGAGACGACAUUACCAAGUUUUGGAACUCCUUGACGAUUAGCCCGGAGGUGAAGAACAGGAUGAUGACCUGUCUGGAUCACCUGUUCUACGUCGGCGAUGUCGACACGAGAAACUCGACUCGCUGCAAGUUCGCGGAAUACCUCGUGCUGGCUGUGUCUGUCCUCCUGGCGUCCGUCAUCGCCUUCAAGUUCUUUGCUGCCCUCCAGUUUGGAGGCAAGAAUUUGCCAGAGAAUCUCGACAAGUUCGUCAUGUGUCAAAUCCCGGCAUAUACCGAGGAUGAAGAGUCCCUUCGUCGCGCCAUCGAUUCGGCCGCCAGGAUGCGCUACGACGAUAAGCGCAAACUCCUGGUCGUCGUCUGUGACGGCAUGAUUAUUGGUCAGGGCAACGAUAGACCGACUCCUCGCAUUGUGCUUGAUAUUCUUGGCGUAUCGGAGAGCAUCGACCCCGAGCCGCUAAGCUUUGAAUCCCUCGGCGAGGGCCAGAAGCAGCACAACAUGGGCAAGGUCUACUCGGGUCUAUACGAGGUACAGGGCCACAUCGUCCCGUUCAUGGUCAUCGUCAAGGUCGGCAAGCCGUCUGAAGUCGCCCGGCCCGGCAAUCGUGGCAAGCGAGACUCGCAGAUGAUCCUCAUGCGAUUCCUCAACCGCGUCCACUACAACCUUGCCAUGAGCCCACUGGAGCUGGAGAUGUACCAUCAGAUUCGCAACAUCAUCGGCGUCAACCCGACCUUCUACGAAUUUAUGUUCCAGAUCGAUGCCGAUACUGUUGUUGCACCCGAUUCCGCUACGCGCAUGGUGGCUGCCUUCCUCAACGACACUCGCCUCAUCGCCUGCUGCGGCGAGACAGCCUUGACCAACGCCAAGUCGUCCUUCAUCACCAUGAUUCAGGUCUACGAAUACUACAUCUCUCAUAACCUGUCUAAGGCCUUUGAGAGUUUGUUCGGCUCAGUUACCUGUUUGCCCGGUUGUUUCUCCAUGUAUCGAAUCCGUGCCGCCGAGACGGGCAAGCCCCUGUUUGUCAGCCGCGAGGUCGUCGACUCGUAUGCCACGAUUCGCGUGGACACCCUACACAUGAAGAAUCUGCUGCACCUGGGCGAGGAUCGAUACCUGACGACACUACUGCUCAAGUAUCACUCCAAGUACAAGACCAAGUAUCUCUUCUCGGCCCAUGCCUGGACCAUUGCCCCGGAUUCUUGGAAGGUCUUCCUGUCCCAGCGUCGCCGAUGGAUCAACUCGACCGUGCACAACCUGAUCGAGCUCAUCCCGAUGAACCAGCUCUGCGGUUUCUGCUGCUUCAGCAUGCGUUUCAUCGUCUUUGUCGACUUGCUCAGUACCAUUGUCCAGCCGGUCACGAUUGCCUAUAUCGUCUACUUGAUUGUCCUCGUCUCAACCAAGGCUACGGUCGUGCCCAUCACGGCCUUUAUCCUUCUUGGCGCCAUUUACGGUUUGCAGGCCAUCAUCUUCAUCCUCCGUCGCAAGUGGGAAAUGGUCGGGUGGAUGAUCCUGUAUGUGCUUGCCAUCCCCGUUUUCAGCUUUGGUCUCCCGCUGUACGCCUUCUGGCACAUGGACGACUUCAACUGGGGCAACACGCGUGUCGUCGCCGGCGAGAACGGCAAGAAGGUCGUCGUCACCGACGAGGGCAAGUUUGAUCCCAGCUCGAUCCCGCGCAAGAAGUGGGAGGAGUAUCAGGCCGAGCUCUGGGAGACGCAGACAUCGCGAGACGACACCCGCUCCGAGAUCUCGGGCUUCAGCUACGGCACCAAAGCCCCGGUCGCUGUGUCCGAGUACGCCUUCCCCAGCCGACCAGACUCGACAACGGGUUUCGCGGCGCAUCCCUCGAUGCAGCAGCUGCCGUACGACUCCCGCAACGUCUCGCGCAUGUCUUUGGCACCGUCAGAGAUGGCGGGCAAUCGUAUGAGCCACUUUGGCGGCUCGCAGUUCUUCAGCCCCGAGGACAUGGUUGGCUUGCCUAGCGACGAUGCGCUGCUGGCCGAGAUCCGCGACAUCCUCAAGACGGCGGACUUGAUGACGGUGACGAAGAAGGGCAUCAAGCAGGAGCUUGAGCGCCGCUUUGACGUACCCCUGGACGCGAAGCGAGCCUACAUCAGCAGUGCGACCGAGGCUCUUCUUUCUGGCCAGCUUUAA